UUUUCAAUUCAAUAAAGUAACAGAAGAACUCACAUUCGCAUAUACCACUAAAUGGCUCCUUAUCCGACGGAAUGCAUUCAAGAACUUAAAGCACACAAAGGACCGGUCAAUGAAGUGUGUUACAAUAAAUCGGGACAGUAUUGCGUUUCGGCAGGCCGAGAUCGAACCGUGCGAUUAUGGAAUCCACUCAGUGCCAUGCUUUUACACACCUACACGGGUCACAGCCGUGACGUGCUUGGGGUGUCUGUAGCAUCGGAUAAUGCCAAAAUUGCGAGUUGCGGUGCCGAUAAAGCAGUGAUCUUGUGGGACGUUGGUACAGGUGAAAUCUUGAGACGGUACACAGCUCACUGGGAGCGUGUCAAUUCAGUAGACUUUAACGAUGAUGCUACCGUUCUUGUCAGCGGAUCGUUUGAUGCCACCAUUCGAAUAUGGGAUUGCAAAUCCAGUAAUUUUUCACCGAUUCAAGUGAUUGAAGAUUGUAAAGACAGUAUCAUGUCCAUUCAAGUCAAAGGUCCUGAAAUCGUAGCAGGAUGUGCCGACGGUCGGUUGCGAGUGUUUGAUCUACGUAUGGGGCAGUUAUCCGAAGACUAUAUUGGUCCGGCUAUCACCUCUGCGCGAUUAUCAAAUGACGGCAAUUGUGUGCUCGUGAGUUCACUGGACAGCACCAUACGACUGAUGGACAAGGCCAACGGACGGUUACUGAAUGAGUUCAAAGGGCAUAAACACACGGAAUAUAAACUGCAGUCGACUAUGACAAAUACGGAUGCUUAUGCCAUGAGCGGAUCUGAAGACGGUAACAUCAUGGUGUGGGACGUACUAGAAGGUUCAGCAGUCAAGACGUUACAGUUGCACAAAGGCGUUGUAUCAUCUAUUGAUUAUCAUCCGUCCGAUGUUGCCAUGGUGUCGGCAGGUGCAGACAGUAUCAUCCGUGUUUGGAGCUAAGAACAACAACCGCUCAAGGCAGGAUCUCCCUUUUAUGUCAAAGAAAAAAAAUAUUCUCGGCAUCAAAGCAAGUGGCGUGGCCUGUAGACACAUCCUUUUUUGGCUUUCUGUCUGGAACAGUGUACAACACGUGGGAUUGGGAUUUUUUGGUGGAAGGCACGUCGAUGCGAGGAUAGGCGAAAAAAAUAAAAGGUUUCAGGUUGUUGUCAAGGCGAGCUUCAAGUGUGUGUGUGUGUAUCAGAAAUAAAACAUUGUCC